AUGGCACGCCACCCUUACAGAUGUCAUGGAAACUUUCCCCAAAGGCCGGCCGCCCUGUUUCCACAGGUAUCCAGGUGUAGAGUGAAGCAGGCGCUGGAGGCCGAGUCAUCUGAGACCGGUUUAAAUCGAGCAACAAGAGCAGAGGAGCCGAGCGUCCCAGCAGAACAAGUAACAGAUCAAAACAAAUAACAGAGCUACAAAAUAAUUACACAUAUGAUCUGGAUCUUUAUAUAAAAUCAGAUUCCAUUGAAAUUGGAAAAUUGUGAUAAACGUAAAUAAAAACAGAACACAAUGAUUUGCAAAUCCUUUUCAACCUAUUAAAUAUACUACAAAGACAAGAUAAUUAAUGUUCAAAUUCAUAAACUUAUUAUUUUUUUGUAAAUAAUAAUUAACUCAGAAUUUCAUGGCUGCAACACGUGUCAAAGUAGUUGGGACAGGGGCAUGUUUACCACUCUGUUACAUCACUUUUCCUUUUAACAACACUUAAUAAAUGUUUGGGAGCUGAGGAGACUAAUUGUUGAAGCUUUGAAGGUGGAAUUCUUUCCCAUUCUAACUUGAUGUUCAGCUUCAGUUGUUCAACAGUCCGGGGUCUCCGUUGUCGUAUUUUACGCUUCAUAAUGCGCCACAUAUUUUCAAUGGGAGACAGGUCUGGACUGCAGGCAGGCCAGUCGAGUGUCCGCACUCUUUUACUACGAAGCCACGCUGUUGUAACACGUGCAGAACGUGGCUUGGCAUUGUCUUGCUGAAAUAAGCAGGGGCAUCGAUGAGAAAGACGUUGCUUGGAUGGCAGCAUAUGUUGCUCCAAAACCUGUAUGUACCUUGCACAGAUGUGUAAGUUACCCAUGCCUUUGGCACUAAUGCACCCCCAUACCAGACGCUAACUUUUGAACUUUGCGUCGACAACAGUCUGGAUGGUACAUUACCUCUUUGGUCCAGAGGACACGACGCCCACUAUUUCCAAAAACAAUUUGAAAUGUGGACUCGUCAGACCACAGAAGACUUUUCCACUUUGCAUCAGUCCAUCUUAGAUGAGCUGGGGCUCAGAGAAGCCGGCGGCGUGUCUGGAUGUUGUGAUAAAUGGCUUUCCCUUUGCAUAGUAGAGUUUUAACCUGCACUUACAGAUGUAGCGAGGAACUGUAUUUACUGAUAGUGGUUUUCUGAAGUGUUCCUGAGCCCAUGUGGUGAUAUCCUUUACACACUGAUGUUGGUUUUUGAUACAGUGCCACCUGAGGGAUCGAAGGUUACGGGCGUUCAAUGUUGGUUUCCGGCCGUGCCGCUUACAUGCAGUGAUAUCUCCAGAUUCUCUGAACCUUUUGAUGAUAUUAUGGACCGUACAUUUUGAAAUCCCUAAAUUUCCUUUAUCUGUCUUUGUAGUGUAUUCAAUUGAAUAUAGGUUGAAAAGGAUUUGCAAAUCAUUGUAUUCCGUUUUUAUUUACGAUUUACACAUCUUCCCUACUUCAAUGGAAUUGGGUUUUGUACAUCUGAGAAAAAAAAAUGACACUGAAUGAAUGUGUUUUAAAAAGCUCUGCAGGUUCGGAUCCUGUGAAGUCCAAAAGGAGUUAAAUGGAUCUUGCAAUGGAAGCACAAAAGCAGCCUCCCCUUCACUUGCAACACAAGAACCUGGAAAAGAUGUUGCACCUCUAUUUGAGACAUUAAGGUAAAGUAAAGAAUGACACAUGGAGCGAGCUGUCAGAUGUUUGAGCAUCAUUGUGAUGAGGUUUUAAUGAAUCUGAAUCAAGUAUUUUAGCUGUCUUUGAUUCGAUUAACAGAGCUUGUAUUUAUUUCCACAGGAUUCACUCAGAAGCCCAAAGAAUUCUGGGUAAUUCCAGCAUACCUGUGGUCAUCUUGGAGCGACUGAACCUCCGGUCUGUGUCCUUGCCAUGUCUGCAGCCCGUGGUGUCUCUGGUGAGACUGCCAUCUCAAACUCAAGCCAAGAUCGAACCCGACGUUUCCAUCUUAGCGAGUCCUCAGCAGACCAGCAGUUUGGGGGAUAAUGAAGCGUCACUUCUGUCUAAACCAGCAGAAUCUGGUCUCAACCAAUCAGAAUUAACCCCGACCUUGUGGACCGAGCCGUACUGUCCUGACAGCCCCCCCUCUGAAGAACCAGAGCAGGACUCAGGCUUUGAUUGUGAAUCCAAUCCAGAUCAGCCUUACAUCCUGUGUGACUCCGGAUCCGAGGAGUGGGAGCCAAAUGUGGAAAAAACAGAUUCAGAGACAUUUUACUUGGAUCCAGAUCCAGAGCUGACCUUGGUGAUAGAGCUGGAUCCAGAGCUGGAGGCAGAUCAGGAUCAGUUUGUGGAGCUGGAAGAUGAACCAGAGAUAAAAUGUGAAGAGGAGAUAGUCGAAAUGGAAGUCAGUGAUGAUCCCAGAGCUGAUCUUUGCUGCCCACAGGAGGAGGAAGACUCGACUGUUCAGCAGCCUGGACCUGGAUCAGGACCUGAGGAGAUGGAGAGUGAAGAUUUCUGUGCCGCGUGUCGUAACGGAGGAGAUCUUCUCUGCUGUGACCGCUGCCCUAAAGUUUUCCACCUGGGCUGUCAUAUACCUGCUCUCACCUGCUCCCCUCUGUAAGUGCUGCGAGGACACACAAACACAAGAACUAACUUGGUAGAAAUGGAUUAACAAGGAAGAAAAGAGUAGAAAACAAAUAUGCUCCUGAAAUAACCCGAGUUUUCCGGUUUUACAGAGGCGACUGGGUGUGCUCACUCUGCAGAACAGACCAGGACCCUGUGGGGACCCAUGACAGUGAGGACGCUCAGUCCUGUGGAGGAGUCAGAGCUCUGUACACCCUGUCCGACCAGGACCAGAGGGUGAGCUCAGUCGUUUAAAUCUUAUUUUAUUCUAGUGGCGGUUGCAGAAUCAUUACAGCAGAUAAUGAUAAAAUGAAAGUGAUGGAAACUUUGCUUAUCUACGUAACUGUAUUUGUGUGUUUGUGUGUUUGUGUUUAUCUCCUGUGCAGAGGUGUGAGAAGAUGACUCUGCUGUUGUUCUGUCACACACUCAGCGCUCCGUUCCACGAACCCGUCAGCCCUCUGGUCAGUCCGACACAUUUACACCAAAACUUGUAAUGAGAGACUUAUAGAAAUCACUUUUUAAGUCAUACUAUAUCAAAUAGCUGACUUUAUUCAAAAUGUCAACAAAUGUUACUGCAGCUCAAAGUUAAAGGCACUGUAAGGAGUUUUUAGCUGGUUAAGAAACAGACUGAAACUGAUACUAAAGCAUCUUCACCACCUUCAAAAGCAAAAAAGACUAUUAGUAAGAGGGUUGAUUAUUUCAGAGAGGUAAUUUUUUUAUGCCUAAAACGGCCAUAAGGGGGUAGGUGUCAAUCAACAUGAUUGACAGCGGGCCGAAAAACAGCAUUUCCUAACAACAAAUACUCACAGUAAGUUUUAUAUACUUCACUCUUAUGAGACAACAGAAUGAGGUUUUGUAUGAUUUCACAUUCACAGGACAAGAAAUUAGAGGAACUACUUUAUGUAAACACAAACUAAAAGUUCCUUACAGUAGCUUUAAUGACUUUGUGUGACACCUACACUGUGGCUGCUGUUUCUAGCCUCAAAAAUAACAAAAAAGGAGUAAAAAACUUUUAAUUUUAUUUGCUUUUGUAGCACAAAGAAAGUCAUCAAUUCCAACUUGAAUUUAGUUUCAUUGCCUGUUAAAAAAAAAAACCUACAGGAGUGCUGACAUUGCGUCCCCACUUUAAACUCUUCAGUGCAGAGGUAAAGUGAUAGCGGUAUGUCAUAGUUAUUUUCACCUAAACAAAGAGAAAGCUGGCUCACUGUGCUGUACAUGUCAACUGUUCCAGUUAACCUCCAUAAUAGAGUACAGUGUUAAAAUGAAAACAAUAGUGAUCUAAUCUCUGUGGACUCGCUCCAGGCCAGAAACUACUACCAGAUCAUAAAGAGGCCCAUCGACCUGUCCGUCAUCCGCAGGAAGCUGGACAAAAGCAACACUCUGCACUACUUCACCGCCGAGCAGUUUGUGGAUGACGUGCUGCUGAUGCUCAAGAACUGUGCUACGUUCAACUACGUGAGUUUGUCACAAGGUCGUUAGAGAACGGGUGGAUCACCAACUAAUAAUCUAAUUUCUGCUGUAAUUGAAUCAUCUCUGCGCCGCAGCCUGAGAGAAUAAGUUCCACAUGUGCGUAACUGGAACACUUUUUUAUUCCUUUAUAUGUAUGUAGAGGCUGCCAAUCAGGUUGUUUCAACUGCCAAAAACAUUCAAACUUCUGGUGGUACCUCCAAAGUUUAACAAGCGCCUAUAACCAUGUAAGCAGAUCUGUGAGGGUGUAAUUAAACACAGAGAGCUACAUGCAGAGUUUGGGUAGUACACAGGUUUUAUUAAUGUCCAGGUCAGCCGUGAUAUGGAUCCAUCAACACUGACAUAAACACAAGAGUUAUGGAUUUUGUAAACAUGGUUUGGAGAGACGAAUUCCCCCCACAUGGAUCACCUUUGCAACACCCACUUGUUAUUUUAUCUGUUUUCACACAUGCACAAAACUGUCCUGACAUUACCCAGACUUUUCCCAGUAAAAUUUCAGCAUGAAGUCAGUCUGAGCUUGUAAGAAAAGGCAGCAUGAAAAAUGUGGAAAUUUUCCUGCAAGUAACCUGAUGACAUAAAGAUUUGAAAAUAUCUUUAAAAUUAAACAUUAAAAUUUCAAGAUUUAAAUAAAAAAUGUAAGAUAAGAAUUCAACAUUUAUUUUGACAUGGCUUUGACGUUAUUUCGAAUUUAGAUUUAGGGUAAAGAUUCAAGAUGUAAAAUUGUUUAACGUUCAGAUUUAGAUUUCUAUUUCACAUUGUUCAACAUUUAGAUCUUUAUUUAAUUUGCAAAAUUUCGAAUAAAACUUUAGUGUAAAAGAUUUCCAUGAUUUCACUUUUGGAAAAUUUCACAUUUAUUUUUGUAUUUAUUGAAAGUAAGUUUACAAGUGAUGUUACUUUAAGAUUCAUUAUUUGAUUAAGAUAAAAGGUUUAACAUUGAUUUAAAAUUUAAACACACAUUUAAGAUCUAGAUUCAACAUUUGGAUUUUAAUGUCAUCUUUAAUUUUUAGAAUUUAGAUAUAAAUUAAAGAUUCCAAAUUAUGUGACAUUAAGUAUCUAAUGUGAGAUUUGUGUCCAAACAUUUAUGUUUUACAUUUAAAGGAAUUUAAGUUAAAAAUUAUUUAAGGUUUAGAUUUGACAUUUGAUCUUUAUCUAUCUUCAAUAUCUUUUAUAAAUAAAUACUACAAUUGAGUUCACAAAUAUUAAUGUUUUAAUUGAUGUAAAACAGCGACUUUGAAUAAAAUCUAAAGGUGUUUCCAAGCGUUGAAAAGCUAUAUGUGGAAAAAUGUUAUUUCACGGCACUCUACAAAAACAUGACCUGAUAUUAACUUUUUCAUUAUCUCCUUUCUUUGCAGCCGGACUCAGAGGUGGCUCAGGCCGGUCGAAACCUGGAGCUGUUUUUCUUGAGCAAACUUGAGGAGCUUUUUCCUGAUCAGAUGUUCCCGUCGGCCAGCCAGGACAAAACAGACCGAGCUCGCUCACGGUGGCUCAGGAGGAAGAGGAGGGAGAGCUACAGGAAGAAGAAACACGUACUUAGUGGAAGAAAAUAUUUACUGUGACUGCACACUGCCUGCAGGGUUGUUAUUUUCGUGCUUUAAAGCAUUUUACUAAAUAAAGAACAUGUAGAGGUAAAGCAUUUUAUUCUGUUUUCUAUUCUGAAAAGGAACUCUACCCCUCCACCAGGGGGCGAGCUUGUGUCUGGGACUGUACUGGUGCCACAUCUUUAAAAUGAAACUGGGGUUAAUUCAGGACUGCAAACUUACCAGAAAGGUACUUGUAGAUUUCUUGGAAAAAAUAGUUUUCUUUGUUAUUUAGGGGAAAGAUGUCAUAUUAACAUGAGAGCAGAAAAAAACGUUCACUUUUGAUAAAAAUAUCUGAGUAAAUACUCUUGUUGUCGUCUAUUAAACAUGUUCUCCGGAUUAAUCCAUCAGUGCUGUCAGCCUCUGUUUGUCCUGGACUCUGCUGCAGUCACUGGUGGUCUGCUCAGUCCGCGUUGUUGCUGAUGUUGGUUUUUCAUUUGCAGCUCUACGUGAGGAUUUUAAGGACAUUUUGUUCCUCCAAGAUUCACCUCAGAGUCAUUUGUCAAACAGGACAGAGUGCAAAGUGACAACCCUCUGAUAGUGUGACCACUUGAGCCAGAGAGCUUUCGUUUGUUUCUGCCAAAAUGCUUUUCUAUGAAAUAUAAUCUCUAAAAAGCUGCGCCGUAAUAGAUUCUACUCCCUGAAGCCCAUAAAAAUGAUUCAAAUGGAUAAAAUCUGUAGCAGCCGCUGAUAAAACCCUCUCUGUGCUGGCUUCAAACUCAGUGUUUAUCCACGUGUAUAUCCACCAGGAUGUAAAAAUUGUCAGUUAUUAAAUGAAGAAAUACAGAGAAACACGAGCCGAGCUUUCAGGGGUUCGUGGAUCAUGUCCAGAUAAAAUGGAGGAAAUUGACCGUGAGACAUUUUCAAAGGAAGCUUUAUUCCCCUCUAGUGUCUUUUAAACCCACUUUCUCCAGGCCAGUAAACCUCGGUCACAUGUCUGCUUUCCGUCUCUCUUCCUUUUUGUGGAGUAAUGUGCAGAUGUUUCAUUUAAGGACAUCAAAAGACCGUCUAAAAUCUGGUGAAUCACCAGCACACAAGGAGAAGAGGAGGGUAAAGCUCCUCCAGCUGUGGUGGACCUCUUUGAGAUAAGGCCCUCAUGUAAUGUUUAGAUCAGACUCAAGAGUGUACAUUAGUCUGAUACACUCAGCUAUCUCACUCAGUUUGUUUAGGAUGUAUUUAUCUGGUUAUUUAAGACUCACUUCCUCACUUUAAGUUUUGAUAAGAUUUCACUUUAAAGCUCUUUUUCUUGAUUUAUCAUUAGUUUGGUUUGUGUGAAUACCGCAUACAUCACCUUUUAAUUUUAUGACCACGGCUUUUAAGAGGUAAGAUAGCCGGUUCCUUAUGUUCCAUCUGUGUUCACAGCACACAGACCGAGGCCCAAGACAGCACUGAGCUGAUACAGACAGCUCAUGAAGCUCUGGAAAAGUGCUCAGCUGAACUUCAGUCAAGUGAGGAGCAGGAUAAAGAGGCUGAGCAGGAGUUCAGGAAUCCCCAACCUCAGCAAGAAGCUGCAGCAAGAACAAGCUGCUCUGCUGAGGACAGCUACAAAAAAUGUUCCCUGCACUCCAGAGCCAUGCUGCAUGGAGUAAAGAGGUGGAGGAGAUCAGCCUCCACCUGCAGAAGAUCCAGAUGGAUCUGCUUUAUCAAGCCCUGA